AUCAGGUUUUUCCAGCUAUAAGCUAUAAGCUGUCUGUGCGGCGACCUCGCUCGUUCAUAUCCAACUCGCAGAAGGAAUUUAAGUGCUCAGGGAUCCUCAGCGCCGUCUCUGUUUGUCCAUCCGAUGUCUCGAUCCGCUGUUAAGUUUUCGCUUCUUUGCCUACUCUUUUCGCUCUUCUGCCGUCAUUCGUCCCAGCUCGUCAAUCCCUCCAGAGCAAAGCAGAUCUCAUCGAAGCCCAGAGCGUUCGUUUACGAAGGCUUUUUGACUGAUGAAGAAUGCGAUCAUUUGAUAUCCCUCGCGAAAUCAGAGCUGAAGAGGUCGGCGGUGGCAGAUAACUUGUCAGGGAAGAGCACGCUUAGUGAUGUCCGAACUAGCUCUGGGAUGUUCAUCAGCAAGGCCAAGGAUGAUAUAGUUUUAGGUAUUGAGCAAAAAAUCGCGGCAUGGACAUUUCUUCCAAAAGAAAAUGGUGAGGAUAUACAAGUCCUGAGGUAUGAGCAUGGACAGAAAUAUGAUCCGCAUUAUGAUUUCUUCACGGACCAAGUUAACAUUGCCCGUGGCGGCCAUCGAAUUGCCACCGUUCUAAUGUAUCUCAGUGAUGUUGAAAAGGGUGGAGAAACCAUCUUUCCAGAAGCUGAGGAAUCUCAGCGGCAUUCCCAUUCGAAGGAUGAUGUGUCAGAAUGUGCUCGUCGAGGAAUUGCAGUAAAACCAAGGAGAGGGGAUGCCCUUCUCUUCUUCAACCUUCAUCCAAAUGCUGCUCCAGACCAUAGUAGUCUUCAUGGUGGUUGUCCUGUGAUUGAAGGCGAGAAAUGGUCGGCAACAAAGUGGAUUCAUGUAACCUCUUUUGAUAAAAUAUUGUCAAGCCAUGCAAAUUGCACCGAUAGCAAUCCAAGUUGCGAGAGGUGGGCUUCUUUGGGAGAGUGCACUAAGAACCCUGAGUAUAUGUUGGGAACUUCUGAUUUGCCUGGCUACUGCCGCAGGAGCUGUAACGUUUGUUGAGUCACGGCAUGCCAAAUAAAUUUCAGAUGGCCUUUCGGGGUCUUCAACCCUAAAUUGUAAUGGUAAACCUAUCAUAUUCACAUAUCUUUAUUUUUUUUUAUUUCUGUAGUUAGAUGUCUUCGAAGCAACUACAGUUGUUUUUCUGUAUCUGAAGAGAAUUAUGUAUGUUAUAAUCAACUUUUAGUUCGGUUUACCUAAG